UCCUCUUGUCCUAAAAUGGAAAUUGUAGUGUUGAGGAGUGGCUUGUUGAGUUUCUAUGAACAGUUUCAGAUUUUUAGUUCUUCAUUCAGAGUCUUCGUGGUUGGACUCAUCCCAUCCAUGCCUGGGCUCUGUGGAACAAGGAACUCAAGCAUGGAGAAGGAGUGGGGAUUACUUGGCUUCCUCCUUCUGUCAAUAUGUUUUCUUGUCAGCAAUGGCCAAAACAUUGUCUGUACACAGGAGAUGGCUGACAUUGUAUUCCUGGUGGAUGGCUCUAGCAGUAUCGGGAUGGAAAACUUCAAAGAAGUCAGACAAUUCAUCUCCUCGCUCGUAGACAGCUUUGAUGUUGCUCCUGACAAGGUCAGGAUCGGUCUGGUCCAGUACAGUGAUGCACCGCAAACUGAGUUUUUGCUCAACACUUACCAGAACAAACAGGAAAUUCUCAGCUACAUUCGAAAUCUGCGUUAUAAAACCGGUGGGAGGUUUACUGGCCAGGGUUUGGAGUUCAUGCUGAAUCAACACUUUGUGGAAAAGGCCGGAAGUCGAGCGCAGCAGAAUGUUCCACAGAUUGCCAUUGUUAUCACAGAUGGUGAUUCUCUAGAUGAGGCUGAGUCAAAGGCUGUAGAGCUGAGGCAAAGGCAAAUCAAAUUAUUUGCCAUAGGGAUCAAAGAUGCAAACGAGAUGUUGCUGAGACAGAUCGCGAGCGAGCCGUACGAUCAGCAUGUCUACAGCGUAACAGACUUUGCAGCACUGCGGGGAAUCUCUCAGAGUGUAACUCAGAAGGUGUGUACCACUGUAGAGGAAACGCAAAAAGAGGUCAUCCAGACGGCAAGAGACUGCAACGAAACUGCUCAGGCAGACAUUGUGCUCCUUGUGGACACAUCUGGUAGCAUUGGAGUGAGUGAUUUUGAAGAAAUGAGGAAGUUCCUGCAUUCUUUUGUGGACGGAUUUAAUCUAGAACCCGACAAGGUGAGGGUGGGACUUGCCCAGUUCAGUGAUAAACCAUACCAAGAGUUCCUGCUUGGUGACUAUUUCGAUAAGAAUGACCUACGCCGAAAGUUGAAUAAUCUCAUCCAUUAUGGAGGAGGCACCAACAUUGGUCUGGCCCUGACUUUCAUCCGUGAGAAAUACUUUAGUCUGGCCAGACAAAAUGUUCCUGGCAUUGCCAUAGUCAUCACAGAUGGGAAUUCAAAUGAUAAUGUGGAGGAACCUUCCCAGAGUCUACGAAAAUUAGGAGUUUCCAUCUUUGUCAUCAGGGUGGGAAAGGGCAACAUGGAAAAAUCGCAUGCCAUUGCUAAUACCCCACAUGAGGAGUUCUUAUUCGGUAUCAACAGUUAUCAAGAACUGCAAGCUCUAAAAGAGAGUCUACGCAACAAAGUUUGCUUUACUGUGACACUCCAGUCACAAGCUUUUGUGCCAAAAUUUGCUGAUCUCUUCAUAUUGGUUGAUAGCUCAGCAUCUAGACAGCAAGAGCAAACAAUAAGGAAUUUUCUCCGAGGACUGAUCUUGCAGCUCAACGUGGGAAAGAAUGCUAAUCGUGUCGGCCUUGCUCAGUUCGGUGAAAAUGUCAAAGAGGAGUUCCUGCUAAAUACUGACAAGUCCAAGAAUGAGAUUUUGUCAUCUAUUCGCAGUAUGACACUGAGGUUUACAGGGGAGCGACGAAUUGGCAAUGCAAUUGAAUAUGCUCACAAAAAUUUCUUAACUAGUGCCGCUGGAAGCCGUGUCUCGGAAGGGUUUAAGCAGUUUCUGCUGGUCAUUGCAGCUGGAGAAUCUGCAGAUGGUGUCGUCCAAGCAUCCCGCCAAUUCCAAAAAAAUGCAGUGACUGUUUUAACUGCUGGCUUGGGCAGAGCUGAUGAACAUGAACAUGAAAUGGAGUGCAUUUCUAGUCCAUGGACAAACUACAAGUUAGUAGGUAACAUCCAACAAGUGCAACAGAAAAUUAAGAUUGCCAUUGACACAUGGAAAGAUGCUCCUGUUUCAGAAGAGUGCAUGUUUGACGUGGUGGCCGAUAUCGCUUUUAUUAUUGACCAGUCCAGCAGUAUCAAAUCCAAAAACUUCCAAAUUGUGCGUGAUUUUCUCAUGAACACCAUCAGAGGUCUCGACAUGAGUAAGGGAAACAUUAAAAUAGCUGUGGUCCUCUAUAGUGACUACCCUCGAGCUGAUGUGCACUUCAACACCUUCAGUUAUAAGACUGAUGUCCUGCGCUACGUCAGUAGCAUGCCAUAUGGUCGUGGUAAUACAUACACUGGAGCUGCUCUCGAGUUUGCCAAAAACCAGGUGUUUAUCAAAGCAAGAGGCAGCAGAAGAGAUCAGCAGGUUCAGCAGAUUGCUGUUGUUAUCACUGAUGGGAAGUCAAUGGAUGAUGUGGCCCCAGCUGCGACAGAAUUGCGGAAAUCUGGCGUCACUGUUUUUGCGGUCGGUAUCAAAGACACCAAGGAGGAUGAAUUGAGAGAGAUCGCAUCCUACCCACAUGAAAAGUUUGUACUGAGUGUGGAGAACUUUGAUAGACUAAAUAUACUUUCACAUAUUUUAACCAAAACACUUUGCAAUGAAAUCACAAAUUCCAUUAUACCCCACAGAGACUCACAUGACUUUGGUUGCAUGCAAACAACCAAAGCUGAAAUAUACUUUCUUCUGGAUGAAUCUGGAAGUAUACUCUCUCAAGAGUUUGAAGAUAUGAAGAACUUUACCAGGCAAUGGCUUGAUGCAUUUGAGGUUGGACGUAACCAUGUGCGCUUUGGGUUGGUGAAAUUUGCAGACUCCGCAACCACUGUUUUCCGAUUAAAUAAGCAUAACACAAAAGCUGAAAUCAGACAGGCAGUGAAUGACCUCAUCGUCAUGGGAGGGGGCACCAGGACUGAUCUAGGGUUGUGAGAAAUGAUCCCGCUAUUCGAAGAAGCUGAACAAACACGUGGGGAAAAGGUUCGGAAGCUCCUGAUUGUCCUCACAGAUGGUGAGUCAAGAAAUACGGCAGAGCCAGUAGAAGUUCCUGCUAAACUUCUGAGAAUAGAACAGAACGUCACCAUUUAUGCCAUUGGUGUGAAAAAUGCAUCUGUGCCGGAGUUGGAAUUAAUAGCUGGCAGCCCAAAAAGAACAUUUUAUGUCAAAAACUUUGAUUUCCUUAAUGAAAUCAAGAAAAGCAUCAUUACAGAAAUAUGCUUCUUUGAAGGUUGUGAAGGUCUUUUUGCAGAUGUUGUCUUCCUGCUUGAUGGAUCAGAAAGUGUUGAUGCUCAGGACUUUAAAAAAAUGAAGGAGAUGAUGGAGCUUAUAAUAGACAAGUUUGCAAUUGGACCAGACAAGGAGCGUGUUGCGGUUGUUCAGUACGGCACUGACACAAAUGAGGAGUUUUCCUUAAAUACGUUUGAUAAUAAAGCUACAAUGUUUGAGAAAAUUAGAAAUAUCAAACAGAUGAAUGGAAAAACAAACACUGGAAAAGCACUUUCAAAAGUAUUGCAAUAUUUUGAGAAUGAUAAUGGAGGACGCGUCGAUGCUUUAAAGUUCUUGAUAGUUCUUACAGAUGGAGAAAGUAGGGAUGAUGUAGCCAAGCCUGCUAAAACCUUGAGAGAAAGUUUAAUCAAUGUUAACGCCAUUGGUAUGAGACAUGCAAACAGAUCUCAGAUUCUUGCCAUUGCUGGAUCCCAUGACGGAGUGUUCUUUGAAGAUGCAGUUGCUUCCCUGAAAGAAUUAACAACUCAGGUGCUUCACAAGAUCUGCCACACAGAAUGCAAGACACCAGAACUGGUUGACAUAAUUUUCCUUGUGGAUGCAUCUGGAAGUCCAAAUAAAGAUGGUUUCCAGGAAAUGAAACACUUAAUAAAACACACAGUCAGCAAAUCUGUGGUUGGAGAAAAACAGGUGCGAUUUGGCGUUGUCACCUACUCUAACAUCCCUCGUUUGGAGUUCACACUAAAACAGUACUACAGUCAGGAUGAUGUUCUGAGCGUUAUCUCAAAUCUCAAAGCUUCAGGGGGAACCAGAAACACGGCCCGAGCCCUGAUCGAUACACUCUCCUACUUUGACAAAAAACAUGGCGGACGACGAGCAAAGAACAUUUCCCAAGUGCUAUUUCUGAUUACAGAUGGCAAGGUUAAUGACUUAAGUGGUCUGGCAAAAUGGCGUGAAUCACUGGCCAAAUCAGAGGUCAACUUUUUUCCUAUUGGUACCGAAGAUGCGGAUGCAGAACAGCUUAAGGAGAUGGUGGGAAAUAAAGGAAAAGUGCUCUUUGCAAACACCUACAAGGAUCUGCAUAAACUACAUAAACGGGUCACCCAAGAGCUCUGCAAUCUUACCAAACCAAUUUGUGAGACGGAGCAAUCAGACCUUGUUUUUUUAAUUGAUGGAUCAGAGAGUAUUGAUGAAAAAGGUUGGAAUACUAUCAAAAAAACCAUGAUUGAGGUUGUGAAAGUGCUGAAUAUUACUCAAGACAACUGGCGAGUGGGUGUUGCCCAGUUCAGCAACAUACUCCUGCAUCAAUUUUACCUGAACACAUACACAGAUCUUACAGAAUUGGCAGAAGCUAUAAACAAAAUUGUACAAUGGAAGCAGGGUACAGAUAUUUGGAAUGCCCUAAGAAAUGUGAGAUAUUACUUCACUAGAGAGAAUGGAUCCAGAAUAGAUGAAGGAAUUGCUCAGAAUCUCCUGCUGAUCACAGAUGGAAAAUCUGAUGAUAAGAAAGACUCGAAUGCAUUAGCGUUUUUUAGAAACAAUGAAAUAAAAAUAACUGCCAUUGGGGUUGGCAAAGAAAAGGACAUAAAUAAAUUCAUGCUGCUUAAUAUAACUGGAUCUCCUGAUCGGGUCCUUAUUGAGACCAUUGAAGGCCUUAUACUGAAGAAAACCAUAAAGAAAAUUAUAAAUUCACUCUGUCCAAAAAAACAUCCCACUAAGGACUGCAAUAUUGACAUUGCCUUUGGGUUUGACGUGUCCAGACAAGCAAACACACAAUCUCUGUUGAGACCUCAGGAGGAACGGUUGGUUACUGCAGCCAUCCACCGAAUCUCCAUGAUGGGUGAUCUGUGCUGCGUUACAAAGGACAAGAUUACCACUAGAUUUGGCUAUAGGCUUGUGUCCGGACAAGAUGGGAGUGUUCUGGAUGAUUUUGAAUUUGGCAAUUACAGUGAGGAUGUGGUCAAAAAAGUGAUGUUAUUGCGACCUAAGGCGACCCUGGCUUUCAACGAGUUUCUAUUAGAUUCCUUCAGAGAACUGUUUAAAUCCUCUAAAGCCAAGGCAAAGGUUCUGAUAAUCUUCACAGAUGGGCUGGAUGAAAACAUUCAGCGUUUAAAGGAGAGUUCAGAGAAACUUAGGAAAAGUGGGGUCAGCGCACUGCUGAUUGUGUCUUGGGGAAUAAUAGACGUUCAGGAGCUGGAAUUUGGCAGAGGUUUCGGCUACAUGCAGCCUCUGACAAUCAACAUGCUGAAUUUAGGCAACGCUCUAAUGAAACAGAUAGAAACAGUGGCGCUGAGGGAAUGCUGCAAUAUGUCUUGUUCAUGCACCGGGGUACCUGGACCACCAGGACACCCUGGAUUGCCAGGUCAAAAGGGAAAUACUGGUCAGAAGGGUCAUCCUGGAUAUCCAGGAGAUGAAGGUGUUGAGGGAGACCGAGGACCACCAGGGCUGAAUGGAACUCAGGGACAUAACGGUUGCCGUGGAAACAGAGGAAUCAAGGGCCAGAGAGGCUACACUGGAAAUAAAGGAGAACAUGGGGAGGAUGGGGUGGAUGGAGUGGAUGGAGAACAGGGUGAUGCUGGCCUAAAUGGGCUUCCAGGACCUAAAGGAGACCUGGGCAGAGCUGGUAUGAAAGGUUUCAGAGGCAGUCCUGGACCUAAGGGAGACAUUGGAUUGAGAGGAGAUCCUGGCGCACCAGGAAUAGACAACAGAAUUCCAGGUCCAAAAGGCGAGAAGGGAGAUACUGGGCUCCCGGGUGACCAGGGGCUCAUUGGACCUCCUGGCAGACCUGGAGAUAAUGGUGAUCCUGGUGUUCCAGGAAGAAAAGGCCCACCAGGAUUGCCGGGUCAGUCUUCAAAUCAAAAAGGAGAAGCUGGACAGCCAGGGUCUCCUGGUUAUCCUGGACAAGUGGGACCACCAGGAACAAAAGGGUCAAAAGGAGGCAAUGGUCCUCCAGGUGUACCUGGAAUUCAGGGUCCCUUUGGCCGACCUGGAUCUGAAGGUUCAAAGGGAGGUCGAGGACAAAGAGGGCAAAGGGGUACACCAGGUGACCCAGGGCCCAAAGGAGCGCUGGGACCAGAGGGAUUCAGAGGGCCUCUGGGACAAGAUGGAAGAGAUGGGUAUGGACCUGCUGGGCCCAAAGGACACAGGGGAAGCACAGGAUACUUUGGCCUCCCUGGUUUGCAGGGUGAGGAUGGUACCAAAGGAUCCAGUGGAAGUAAAGGACAUAAAGGUUAUCGAGGAAGACCGGGAAACGCAGGUACUCGCGGUUCUCAAGGUACUCCAGGAGAGAAUGGGAUGGACGGACACAGGGGUGAAAAAGGACCUCCUGGAAUCAGUCCAAUGCCUGAAUGCGACCUGGUCGAUUACAUACGCAAAAACUGUCCUUGCUGCUCCGAUAAUGGUACCCAGUGUCCAGUUCACCCCACAGACCUGGUGAUAGCAUUAGACAUGUCUGCAGGUGUAACUCCUCAAGUGUUCGAGCGCAUGCGAUCUGCUGCUCUAUCCUUACUGGAAGACAUUUCCAUUGCCGAAACAAAUUGUCCAUGGGGAACACGAGUGUCUGUGAUCUCCUACAGCAGCGAGUCCAAGAACCUGAUCCGUUUCGCAGACCACCUUAAGAAGAAGAUCCUUUUGGAAACUAUAAGAGCAUUCGCUCUAGAGAGAACCACAAAAACCAGAGACAUCGGACAAGCCAUGAGCUUCGUGGCCCGGAACAUCUUCAAACGUUCCCGAAAGGGCAGGCUUAUGAGGAAAGUGGCCGUGUUCUUCACAAAUGGGCCAUCGAGGGAUGAAUUAAGCCUUGCAACAGCCAUGCUGGAGUUCAAGGCUGCAGACAUUGGCCUUGGAGUGAUCGCCUUAAAUCCUGCUGAUGAUGUGAGGCGAGCAAUGCAGGUUGACGACACACGAAGCUACAUUAUUGUUGAUGGCAGAGGAGUAAAUCGCAUUAAACGGUGCAUCAUUUGUUUUGAUCGUUGUAACCCAGACCCAGUGUGUAGUGUAAUUUUGCCGCCUCCACCCCUGCUGAUGGAUUUGGACCUGUCUGUGCUGCUGGAUAGCUCUGAUAAACUGAAGACUCAACAGUAUGUAAGCGCAAAGGAGCUUCUGCUGUCUCUGUUGGACCACAUUGAUGUCAGCAACGAGCCGAGCCGAGCGGAUGGUAAAACCAGAGUGUCCGUCUACCAGCAGAGCUCCAUUUACGGCAACUCUUACAUGAACGAGGAGUUCAGCUUCACUAAAUUUAAAGAUCGCAAUAUCAUGAAGAGGCAUAUCACUAAUACAGUAAAGCAAGUAGGCGGGAUAUCCAAUCCUGAGUUUGCUUUGGAGAGGCUAAUUACUGAUGUUAUCCUUAAAGCAGAAAGACCACGAAGCAAACGAAUGGUCAUGGCUGUUUUUUGUGAAGACUCUAAGUACAACAAAGCUCAGCUUGAAUAUUUGUCUAGACUGUGUCGGUGUCAGAAUGUCGUUAUGUUUAUCCUCAUGGCGGGACAGAGAUUUGACUGGACACAGAUGGAGGAGCUCAUCAACUCUCGUCUGGAGCAGCACCUGGUAUUCUUGGAUGACAGAGAUUAUGGCGUACGCUACACUUACGCCUUUCUGAAUAUGCUCCGCAGAGGAAUCUUACCCCGGUUAUCACUACAACCUCGUGACUGUGUUGGUUUUGUGCCGAGGCCCAGUGGACCUGGACCACAACCCCCAGACAUAGAUAUUCUUCCCACUGAAGUCCCCACUGAAGUCCCCACUGAAGAGCCCACUGAAGAGCCCACUGAAGAGCCCACUGAAGAGCCCACCACAACGGAGUACCCUCCGUAUGAGUAUAGUGUGAUGACAAAGAACCAUUCAUGGAACUUGAUGAUACUGAACGAUUUACAGAAGAGCACGAAGAGGUCCAAACCAAGCCCUCGAAGACUGAACAUGUAUUCAGUGGCGCAAGGAAAUACUGGAAUGUACUGUUUGUUUCCAACAGCACGAUGCUUCCUUGAGAAAGAUGUUGGCCGUGUGUGUGGAUCGUAUCUGUCCAGAUGGUACUACAGCCAGGAGACUAAGAAAUGCAUGCACUUCUGGUAUGGCGGUUGUGAUGGAAAUGAAAACCGAUUCCUGACAGAAGACGAGUGCGCGAUGGAAUGCGUGUCUACAGAAUUUGAAAACCUUCCAAAAGAUGAUUCCAGUAUCAAGGACAUUUGCGAACUCAAUCUCGAUGCGGGGCUUUGCUCAAACUUUACAGUGAAAUGGUAUUUCAACACCCGUAGUGGCCAAUGCAUCCUUUUCUGGUACGGAGGCUGUGAAGGAAACGGCAACAGGUUCAACACUCAGGAGGACUGUGAGCUUCGCUGUCUUAGAGCCAAAAAAGUAUCUCCAAACAUCUAAACUAAAAUCAAAUGAAUUUACAUAAAAAUCAGAAUACACUUAUUGUACUUUCGGCAGCUUCUGGAUUCAUGAUCAUAUUCUUAUCACGGUUGUCAAAUGGCAGCCUUAGCUGCAUUUUAGCAAUUUUAGCUAAAUGUGUUUGUAUAUUUAGCUAAAUAUAAAUAUAUAUUUAGCUAAAUUUGAGUGUAGCCAAUACUUGAUUAAAAGAGCAGAAUUUGUUUAAUGGUGAAGUUAAUAAUAAUGAGUCAUUAGAAACACAAGAAAGAACUGCAAAAUAAUGAUUCAGUUUCAGUAAUUUCAACCAUUGUUUGAUGAGUAGAUCUGCCCUAAACUCAAUCCGUUGACUAAGACAAUGUUGUUGCACAGCUUAAACGCACAGAUUGCAAUUUCUUUUUGGUGCUAUUUAGCAAUGCAGAAUAAACAUUCUUUACCUUGAACUUAAAAUGUCAUUUUAAGUUUUUGUUUUAAUCACCCUUAUAAAACCUCAAUUUCAUAAAAAUCCUUGAAUUUUUCAUGCAUAUUGUCAUUAAGAUGACUUUUCAGAGGAAUAAAAACACUAUGAAAACAA